UCCGUCUCCGGCAGACAUAUUGCUUACCGGAGCAAAUUCUGGAAAGCUAGAAGUGGGAAAGGAUUUAAAAUUGAAUCACGUCUUCACAACUUAGCACAAUAAACCCGCAUAGGACACAAUGGAGCCGUCAGCCAGUCCGGCCAAGGAUAACUACAGGAUGAACCGAUACAAGAACAAAGCACUCAAUGCAGAUGAGAUGAGGCGCAGGAGAGAGGAGGAGGGCAUCCAGCUCAGGAAACAGAAACGAGAACAACAGCUUUUCAAACGGAGGAAUGUGGACAUUCUCAAUGAAGAAGAGGUCAUGUUAGAGAGCCCACUGGUGGACUCUUACCUCAGCUCUCCAGUAACUGAAGGAGUUAUUACCAGGGACAUGGUAGAGAUGCUUUUCUCAGAGGACCCAGAGCUUCAGCUUGCUACAACACAGAAGUUCAGAAAAUUACUUUCCAAAGAGCCUAACCCACCAAUUGAUGAAGUUAUAAACACUCUUGGAGUAGUGGAGAGGUUUGUGGAGUUCCUAAAGAAGAGCAGCAACUGCACACUACAGUUUGAAGCCGCCUGGGCGCUGACCAACAUUGCGUCAGGAACAUCCUUGCAGACUAAGACGGUGAUUGAGGCUGGAGCAGUGCCCAUCUUCAUAGAACUGCUGAACUCUGAUUUUGAGGAUGUUCAAGAACAAGCUGUGUGGGCCCUCGGUAAUAUUGCAGGGGACAGUGCAGUGUGCAGGGACUAUGUGCUGAACUGCAACAUCCUUCCACCACUAUUAAUGCUUCUGACAAAGUCCACUAGACUGACUAUGACUAGGAAUGCAGUAUGGGCUCUGUCUAAUCUGUGCAGAGGAAAAAACCCACCACCUGCUUUUGACAAGGUGUCACCCUGCCUGCCAGUGUUGUCCAGGCUAUUAUUUAGCAGUGACCCAGACUUGCUGGCAGAUGCCUGCUGGGCUCUGUCCUACCUCUCAGACGGCCCCAAUGAUAAGAUCCAAGCCGUCAUUGACUCUGGUGUCUGCAGGCGCCUUGUAGAACUACUCAUGCACACUGACUAUAAGGUGGCUUCACCCGCCUUGAGAGCUGUAGGAAACAUUGUCACAGGAGAUGAUAUCCAAACACAGGUGGUGUUGAACUGCUCAGCCCUGCCCUGUCUGCUUCACCUCCUCAGCAGUGCUAAAGAGUCCAUUCGCAAAGAGGCAUGCUGGACCAUCUCAAACAUUACAGCAGGAAACAGAGCACAAAUACAGACGGUAAUCGAUGCAAACAUCUUUCCAGUACUGAUUGACAUUCUGCAGAAAGCUGAAUUCAGGACCAGGAAAGAGGCAGCCUGGGCCAUCACCAAUGCCACGUCUGGAGGAACACCAGAGCAGAUCAGAUAUCUGGUGAACCUGGGCUGUAUUAAGCCCCUGUGUGACCUGCUCACUGUGAUGGACUCAAAGAUUGUUCAGGUUGCUCUUAAUGGACUAGAAAACAUCUUGAGACUGGGCGAACAGGAAGCCAAACAGGAGAACAACGGAACCGGAGUUAAUCCUUACUGCAGCCUCAUCGAAGAAGCCUAUGGUCUUGACAAAAUAGAGUUCCUCCAGAGUCACGACAACCAGGAGAUCUACCAGAAGGCCUUUGACCUAAUUGAGCACUACUUUGGUGUGGAGGACGAGGACAGCAGUCUUGCCCCUCAGGUGGACCAGGCCAACCAGCAGUUUCUCUUCCCUCAGCAGGAGGCCCCCAUGGAAGGUUUUCAGCUAUAAGUCAGCCACCCUUUCCUCUUCAUACCUCCUCUCAUAGAUGGCUCCUUUUUACCACCGUGCCAUCCUCCCUGAACCUCCACUAAAUCACCAUGAGGCCACGCCCCCUACCAUUUGGAGGAAUGCUAAAAUUGUUCCGCUCUCCAGCCUGAAAAUGCCUCGCCCCCUUUCAUCGUUUCCAACCAGUGUACUGACCUCCUGCAGGGCAGACUCUCAUGUUUCCUGGCUGAGGGGAGGGCGCCACACAAACUCCCAUUACAGCUAGAAGAGGAAGUAAUCACCAGUAAUCAUCAAAACGCACACCCAGACAUCUUCCUGUCAUUUGACAGCGCUUAGAUUCUCUCAUUGGCAGCAGUAGUGAUUUGUUAGUGUCUUUAACACUUUCAUUUCUUUUCCAAAUGGAAAUCUUUUGUUUUCAGGAUUAUCCAUACAGAGCGUGCAAACUGGGGUACAUGAGCAGAAUCUGCCCAACUCUUUGUGUCACUAUGACUCAGUGCAAUUCAAAAAAUACUUAACAUGAUCCCUUUUUUUUUCUUUUCCUCCUCACCCUUUAUCUGCCCCCGCCCCUUUU